CAACUCCUUUUUCCCUCGCAGGCCACCCAAGGCUGGUCAUCCAGGGAUCGCCCGGCAGCCUGGGACUCCGUAGCACCUGGACCCGCCUGCGCCGAAGGGGCAACUCGGUGCUCGGCGGCGUUGUUGAAUCACUGCGCAGCCUCCGCGCCGCCGCCAAGCCUUGGGACCUCCCGCCACCAGCCCUUGGACAUGGCGAUCCCCGUGCGCCCGCGCCUCCUGGCGGCCCUCGCGCCCACCUUUCUCGGCUGCCUCCUUGUCCAGGUGGCCCCGGCUGCAGGCACACCACAGAAAGCGUUUAAUUUAACUUGGAAUUCAAUUAAUUUCAAGACAAUUUUGGAGUGGAAACCCAAACCCAUGGAUUAUGCCUACAAUGUUGAGAUAAGCUCUGGAUCUAAAUGGAAAAUCAAAUGCUUCUUAAUCACAGACACUGAGUGUGACCUCACAGACGAGACCGUGCAAGACGUGCACCUGACUUAUCAAGCAAGGGUCCUAUCUGUCCCACGGAAUAACACUUAUUUGGAGGAACCACCAUUUGCAAACGCCCCAGAUUUUUUACCUUACCGAGACACAAAACUCGGAAAGCCUGUAAUCCAGCAUUUUAAACAAGUUGGCAAGGAACUGAAUGUGACAGUAGAAGACUCACCAACAGCGGUCAGGCGGAAUGGCACGUUCCUCACCCUCCGGGAUGUUUUUGGCAAGGACUUGAGUUAUACACUUCAUUAUCAGAAAGAGUCAAGCUCAAGGGCGAAGCCAGCCAAUACAAACACUAAUAAUUUCACCAUCCCUUUGGAACAAGCUAAAGGCUACUGCUUCACUGUACAAGCUGUGAUUCGCUCCAGGAAAGAUAACCAGCAGAGCUCACAAAGCAACAUGGAGUGCUCAGAUGAAUGGGAUAGUAUAAUGGGAGAAACACUCAUCAUCGUGGGAGCAGUGGUGUUCGUGGUCAUCAUCUUUUUCAUCCUCCUGUCCGUAUAUUUGUGCAAGUGCAAAAAGGGCAGAGCAGGGCAGCAAAGGAAGGAAAACUCCCCACUUCGCUCAGCAUAGAGGAGAGAAAGGAGGCUGAAGCCGCUAGAUACUGCACUACCGCACCGCACUGAUACUAAGACCUCUAAUGGGAACAGAGGAUGUGGAGCACAGAGCUUGACGAUCCCGGUACAGAAAGGUUCCCUUUGUGGCCUGAUAUCCCAGCCAACACUCUGACUUCAACACUAGCAUUUGUCACUUUAGAAUGUACUGAACGGUACAGACUGGUUAACACUACCGCGUCUUUUGCACAAAUGCUUUAGAUUGUGUAUUCUACACUCAGGAAGACACUAGGUCAUCAGGGGACAGAUGCCUUUUGUAUAACCAGGGUGGACUUUUGGAAGAGCCUUUGAGAAGGUGAUUCCAUUGACUAUAGAACAGUUAAAAUGGAAAUAGGGCUGACUUUUCUGAUAGCUGUCCUUUUAUAAAGUGGUAUUUUGUUUCUUUUUUCCCCCUCCUAGGUACUCUUGAAAGUUCAGAGAAAUUGGCAAACUCUCACAUCAAUGUGUUAAAUGCAGUAUAUUUCUGCGUGGGGCAUCUUUCUGUUAUGUAUUACAAUUUAGCACUUUAACUACAAUGGUGAGGAUUAAACAUUUGACAGCUGUCUCUAUUUUUAUAAGACUACUAUAUAAACAACUACAUUGAGUUUUAUGAUUUAAGGUACUUAAAAGUGUCUAUGGUUAACAUUGCAUAUAUUUAUAUACAUUUUAAAGGUUUUGUAUAUGGGAUUUUCUAUGUAUAUAGCUUCUAUUUGUAUAUAUUGAGAUUAUUUAUUUAAUAUACUUUAUAUAAAUAAAAGUGAUUGGGAAUUGAGACUAUCA